UCUGCUGCUGCUGCUCGUGGUGUUUCUGCUGCUGUUGAUCGCUGCUGAUGAAAUUUCUUCAAUCUCAGAUCUGCGAGCUCAUGCGGGAAGCAUUCCUUCUGCGCCAGCUUCACCAGAUCCAGCAGUGCCGCUUCGUGCUCGGCGUGCGUGAUGUACCCGCUCUUUCGGCACUCACGGUUGGCAGGUCGAGCGUUGUGAGCGAAUCUGCGGCAGAGUGCGGUGACUCGAAUCAGCUCAAACAACGACGAAUAUCGCGUGAACAGCUGCUCCGGCUGAAGAAUCUGGACAGUGCAAGCGUACGACGCUCUCUGCUCCAGCAGUGCAGCCUCCAACUGCUCCUGCGUGGGAUUUCUCGUCUGCGGCCACUUGUCUGGACUUAAGCACAGCCAUGUGGGUCCAAUCC